UUUAGUGUUGCUAAUCGCGGUUCCUGAAAGCACAUUUCUUCAUCCUCGUUGUUGUCAAGUUUUUAACUUUGAAGUUCAUAUUUGUGUUGAUUAUAUAUAUUAUAUUUGUGGUUAAUUACUUGCUGUUAUUUCUGUUAAUUUCUUCUGCAUUUCUGCAAUUUAUUGCAUUCAUUGAUCUGUUGUUAUUGUUGCAGGGGCAUCAGAACGCAGCCGAGUCAACAUGCCGUGUGUUCAUUAUAAGUUUUUCAGUAAACUAACACACGACACGGUGAUCUUUGAUGGCCUUCACAUCACUCUCGGAGAUUUGAAACGCCAAAUCAUGAGACGAGAGAAACUGAAGCGCUGCGAUCUGAGCAUCAAAAACGACCAAACCAAUGAAGAAUACACUGAUGAUGCGGACAUCAUCCCCAGUUACACCAUGGUGACCGUCAGACGAAUCCCUGGAACUGGACUAAAAUCCACAUAUAACAGACAUGCCAAUAACUGUUCUAAACCAUCAGUGGAUCUUCAAAAGCAAGGAGGACAAAAUAAAAGCUGUCAUGUUCCAGUCCAGCCUCUGUUACUAUUCUUCGAAGAUUCAACCUUUGUUGGGGGUAAACGCAUUCGGAGAAGCGCAGGAAUUCCUGUCAGCUUCCUAAUGGAGGUGGAGGACCCCAACAUGAAGGGAGUGAUGCUGAGCAGCAGCGGAAAGCAUGUUAUUCCCAUUAUUAAUGCUGAGGCUUACGCAUCUCAGAAGAAAGAGAAUCCACCUUUCUUACCCCAGAUCGAGUCCUCCUCGUCGGCCUCAGAUGGAGAUCCAGUGCCCGAUGCCUUUCUGUGUAAGAUCUGUAAAGAUCUCAUCACCGAUGCUGUGUCGACUCCCUGUUGCAGCAGCAGCUACUGCGACGACUGUAUCCGAUCGUGUCUGCUGGAUUCAGAUAAACAUGUUUGUCCCACCUGCAAAAAGUCUUGUGUGUCUCCUGAUUCUCUGAAUAUAAACACGUUCUUACGCCAGGAAGUGAACCGUUUUAAGAACAGAGCCGAGGGGUCUGCUUUCUCACACCAGCAAAGACCCCUUCACUCUCAAUCAGUGUGUUCCACCACAAGCCCGAGCCUCAGCCAUGGAUCCAGCUCGAUUUCUUUUGAACCUCAGAGCUCUCGCACCAAUUUACCCUCUGGUAAGAGGCGACGGGACUUGAGCGAGAAUGAUGAUGAAGACAAUGGCUCCACACCUCUCCACAAGAAAACCAAGCAUACUGCUGUGUAAAGAACAUCCAGAGCGCUUCAUCAUCAUAAUGUAUAUAUUAUGUAAAUAUUAUGUAUAUAAU